AUGCUGAAAUGUGAUGGCAUUUGGAAUUUAAGAAAUAAAUUUCUAAUAUUAUUAGCCAUGUUACUUAUUCCCUUGUAUAUAUCACUGGAAUUAUGUUUUUUUAUUUCUGAUCAGUAUGUAUUUUACAGAUGCGCGAUAGACGAAGGUUUGUCAUAUGACAUAAAGGAUGGGAAAUUCGAAUUAAUUGCAAGCAAUGAAUCAGAUAAACUUUUACUUAAGGAAGGGCAACGUAGAGCUGCUUGGAUUGGUGCAUGCAAUCAUUCAGUGAGAUUAUUAUUUGGUUUAUUGACCACAAUGAUAAUUGGUUACAUAUCUGACCAUUUUGGCCGUCGUUUGUCAUUAGGUAUAAUGAUCAUCGGAGAAGCAUUACAAAUAAUCACACUGAGUGUGGUUGUUCUACUCCAAGCUAAUCCAUGGUUAACAAUUAUCCCUGGUUUAUUUGACGGGGUUAUAGGAGGUGGUUUAUUAUCGAUCCAAGCACAAGUUUCAGCAUCAUUAACGGAUUUAGUGAGUAAAGAAUCAAUAGAUAGUCAAGUAACUAAUCAAAAUAAUUUAUGGACUUUAUUCACUUGGUUUGAUGGACUUGCUUUAAUUAGUUUAUCACUUUCAAAUCCUAUAGGAGGUACCCUACUUUAUCGAGGCGGUUUUCAACUACCAGUUAUCAUCUGUAACAUUUUGGUUGGGAUUAGUUUGUUGAUAAUAUUUUUUCUUCCUGAAUCGAACAUUGUAUUUCGUCCGAAAUGUUUAAAUAUAGACACUUUAAAUAAUGAUCAAGACUGUAAAAACAUGAGUAGUAAUAUAGAGAUUAUAUUUGUACGCAGCAGGAAUUUAUCAUUUUGGGAAAUGAAUUGUCAAAAUAUUCAGAACAGUUUCAAGAUCCUAAGUGGAAAAUAUAAACAACACAUCUUAACUGGAUUUAUUGUAUUUUUGUUAUCUACUGUUACAUCAACUGAUUUGUAUAUUAUAUACAUAUAUCUAAUGGGAUAUCCAUUUUUAUGGAAUUCACAGGAUGUUGGGAUUUACUCUGGUGUAACUGAUGUAGUUUCUGCAAUCUUCGCACUUAUUUUCACACUUUUAAUGGCUCGAAUCAUACAUAGAUCAAUAUCAAAAUCAAGUCAUUCAGUCUCUCAGAAUAUAUCUGAUACAAAUGAUAAUUAUAAACAAUUUAAUAAAGCUAAAUGUCAAUCUGUCAAUUUACUUUUAAAAACAUUAAUUUUCAGUAUUUUCAUGAUGUUUAUGAAUCGAACUAUACUUGGUAUAUCACAUCUGUUUACUACAUUUACAGCUAAUACUUUAGUUUAUAUCGCUACUAUACCUAGAUUUGCUAAAGGGUUGAAUAAUCCAAUACUAAGAACUCUUGUAUCCAUGUGGACUGACCAAUCAAAGCAGGGUAUGAUGCAUUCAUUUGUGGCGUUUGUAUCACGAUUGGGCGUACUUAUUUGUUUUUCUGUAUUAAUUUUAAUCUAUUCUUCAACAACUCAUCUAUUCCCUGGUGCAGUAUUUUUGGUCUGUUCCAGUUUGAUAAUUAUUGCACUGAUAACAACUGGAUUUUUAUAUGGAUUAAGCAAUAAAAAUAUGGAUAUUGAUCAGAUAGAAAACACUUCAGAGAAUAUAUAA